CCAUGGGCCCCGGCGCUGCGGGGCCCAGCAACGUCCCGGCCUUCCUGACCAAGCUGUGGACGCUCGUGAGCGACCCGGACACCGACGCGCUUAUCUGCUGGAGCCCGAGUGGGAACAGCUUCCAUGUGUACGACCAGGGCCAGUUUGCCAAGGAGGUGCUGCCCAAGUACUUCAAGCACAACAACAUGGCCAGCUUCGUGCGGCAGCUUAACAUGUAUGGCUUCCGGAAGGUGGUGCACAUUGAGCAGGGUGGCCUGGUCAAGCCAGAGAGGGACGACACUGAGUUUCAGCAUCCAUGCUUCCUGCGUGGACAGGAACAGCUCCUUGAGAACAUCAAGAGGAAGGUGACCAGCGUGUCCACCCUGAAGAGCGAGGACAUAAAGAUUCACCAGGACAGUGUCACCAAGCUGCUGACCGAUGUGCAGCUGAUGAAGGGGAAGCAGGAGAGCAUGGACUCCAAGCUGCUGGCCAUGAAGCACGAGAAUGAGGCCCUAUGGCGGGAGGUGGCCAGCCUGCGGCAGAAGCACGCCCAGCAGCAGAAAGUCGUCAACAAGCUUAUCCAGUUUCUCAUCUCGCUGGUGCAGUCGAAUCGGAUCCUGGGGGUGAAGAGAAAGAUCCCCCUGAUGCUGAAUGACAGUGGCUCAGCACAUUCCUUGCCCAAGUACAGCCGGCAGUAUUCCCUGGAGCCCAUCCAAGGCUCUGGUCCUUACUCGGCUCCAUCUCCGGCCUACAGCAGCUCCAGCCUCUACUCCCCAGAUACCAUUUCCAGCUCCGGACCCAUCAUCUCUGACAUCACUGAGUUGGCUCCCGGCAGCCCCUUGGCCUCCCCCUCCAGGAGCAUAGAUGAGCGGUCCUUGUCGAGCAGCCCCCUGGUGCGAGUCAAGGAAGAACCUCCUAGUCCUCCUCGGAGCCCCCAGGUGGAGGAGGCGAGUCCCAGGCGCCUGUCCUCAGUUGUGGAGACUCCCCUGUCCCCAGCUGCCCUCAUUGACUCCAUUCUGGGGGAGAGUGAGCCUGCCCCCACUGCCUCAGCCACACCCCUCACAGAUGCGGAGGCCCAGCCUCCCUCCACCCCACCCACCUCCUCGGCCCCUGAGAAGUGCCUCAGCGUAGCCUGCCUGGACAAUUUGGCUCGCACUCCACAGAUGUCUGGGGUCGCCCGCCUCUUCCCUUACCCCUCCUCCUCUCUGCAUGGCCGAUUCCAGCCAGGGGCCGAGCUCAGUGAGCACUUGGACACCAUGGACUCCAACCUGGACAACCUUCAGACCAUGCUGACAAGCCACGGCUUCAGCGUGGACACCAGUGCCCUGCUAGAUCUGUUCAGCCCCUCGGUGACAGUGCCAGACAUGAACCUGCCCGACCUGGACAGCAGCCUGGCCAGUAUCCAGGAGCUCCUUUCUCCCCAGGAUCCCCCCAGGUCUCUUGAGGCAGAGAACAGUAGCCCUGACUCAGGAAAACAGCUGGUGCACUACACGGCACAACCCCUGUUCCUGAUGGACCCAGGCCCCAUGGACAUGGGGAGCAGCGACCUGCCUGUGCUCUUUGAGCUAGGGGAGGGCUCCUACUUCUCAGAGGGGGAUGACUAUGCAGACGACCCCACCAUCUCCCUGCUGACAGGCUCCGAGCCCCCCAAAGCCAAGGACCCAACUGUCUCCUAGAGGACCCAUGAGGAGGGCCAGUUGGCCUCUGUCAGCAGUGAGGGCCCCAGCCCCGCAUGACAUGACUUGCUUGGGGCUUCACAGCCACGCCGAAUUGACCAAUACUGUGGGCUUUCACAAAUUGUAUUUUUGGUUUUUACAUGAGUCCUCCUUUCCCCCUCCAUAGAAAUAAACAUAUAGCUAUAUGUAUACAUAUA